AUGACGGCUUACCACCCACAGAGCAAUGGUUCGGCCAGAGGCCUCCCGGCAGCGCAGGCUGGCCUCAUCGCAGUGGCAGUCACGCUCACCCUAGCCGUCACGAUAUCUCGCUGCUACCGAUACCACCUCGAAUACGACGCAGGGGCGAUCACCGAGUCCACGCCGGGAAGAUCGACGUCAGCGACCUUCCGAGGACACACUUGGGACUUCUACCAGGACACUCGAGCGAGGCCCGUCCUCUUGUACGAGUGCUACCGGACUGGAAUCACUUUAGAACCCGAGGGUACGGUCAAUUUCACCGUCCUCUUUGACUGCACGGUGGCGACGGGGGCCCAACAGUGCGACGCCAUCAAGUGGACUGCGGAGAGUGGCCACCCUGACAGCUACCAAAAGAGCACUAUGGCGUACACUUACGAUGAUGCUAGUGAGUCGGUGGUGGUGUCUUCACAAGGUGUCAGCGAGCUCUUCAAAUUGCCGAUCGAGCCCUAUAAUGAAUUGGCUUACUAUUUCGCGAUAACUAUCACCACUGAAGACGACCACGAGGUGUACAAGCUGUACGACGCGGAGUCCGGGUGUUGCAACGCGGCCGCGCUGCUUAACCGGCUGGACCUGGACGGACGGGGAGAGUUUGUUCUCUCCCGAGACGUGGCCGAGCCAACAAAAUCAUGCAGGAGGUCCCUCAUGUGUGCCUGAACUGCCCGACGAUCGAAGCAAUAAAACGGACAGCCUUACUUCUUAUUCGUCUUCUCGUGGGCCAAGGCGCACGGAACAACAGGAAAACUAACACGAAAAACAACAGACGGGUUCAUGUUCGUUUCUUGUUUUUCGCUUUAGCGUUCCUGCCAGUCCCAGCUUUUGCAGCGCCGUACAGUAAAAAGUUUCGGUUUGCUUUGUCA